AUGAAUUCCAGAGCUGAGGUUGGUAAACUCUCGUUCCCUUUGCAGUGUUUUGUAUAUGUUGGCUGUCUCGAGAGGUCUAGAACGGAACUGGAGGGCGCCGACGGUUUAUAUCCCAGACUCAACGUUGGAACAAUCACGCCGGCGUCAAACGAUGAAAACCCCGCCUUCGAUCGGAAUGUAGCCCUCCUCCGUCUCGGUCCCGGUGUAACGUGUAAGCCGUGGGGCGCGAGAGCCCCCUUCCAGGCUGUCAUUAAUGACCUCUUCAAAAUGCCUGUACCCCCCGAGGCCAAGAGAAUCGAUGCGGAGACUUCGAUCGUCAGGCUAUGCCCAAAUUUUGUGUACGAAUCAAUCAUGGGAAAAUAUCAAAACUUGUUCAAGUUGAUCAUGAAGAAACAGAUUAUCUGCCGCUUCAGAAGAGGGGAAAAGUGUCAUCUGCAGCGAUUAGAUAAGAAACUUGCCUAUUCAGGCCAUCACCUGAACGCUGACUGGGCACGCUCGAAUUCCCUCACCUCCUCGCUUGUCAACAAAGCCUUGCCCUCCUCCUCCUCCUCGCGCCCUUUCGUUUCACCUCUCCCCUCCAUCUUCUUCCUCCUCUUACCCAUCCAUCCUUUCUUCUUUUUAGGAAGUUUUCACUUUUUUCUGACUCUGUUUGCCCAGGCUCAGGGUCCUUCCGAGACACCUCCUCUCUUUCAGGCCGAUGUAAGUCACUCUCUCCUGCCUCCCAGCCCCCCGCAGACAUCCCACUUACACACUUUUGCCAACCCAGACGGCAGACCUGCCACCCCCUUCCCACCCCCUUCUGCACGAAGAGAAUACAAACCCUCGCCACCCUCUGGAAUUCUUGAACAAAGGCGCACCGCCGAGACCUGUAAACCGUCAGCAAUCUUUCCAGGUCUGGACCCUUAA